AUGGCUAGUGAGCGGAGUACGUUCGAUAGCUUGCCAUCACGAUGCUCAAUCAUUAAUGAAAAACAUCCAAGUUUGUUGGGAAGAUGUAUUUUGUUUUGCUUGAUGCUGGCUGUGUUUGUGUUUGGUGUAUUUCUGGCAUUCAUCGUAGGACACUGGGCUGCUAAACCAGAAAAAAAUACCAGUAAACAAAUAGCGAAUUUGAGCAGUGCUCCGAUCACAACUUCAAGUUCCAGUAUUAUUCUACCAAAGAACACUUCCGAAGCUGUCUUGAAACUCGUGAAAGGGGUCGGACCGAAGAUUAAUUUACUAAUGGAUGUAUAUCCACCUGCUUUGAAUUCUAUACCCUCCAAUGCAUUUCAUUUUUCUUCAAACAAUGCUGCCGCUCGAAAGCAGCGAAAGGCACCUCUGUCUAAACUGCCUAGGACACUUCGACCUGUACAUUAUAAUCUUCAGUUAGAUUUUACUCAUGUUACUUCAAAAGAGCAAAUUUUUGGUAAUGUAUCAAUAUUAAUUGAAUCUUUUGGAAAUUCUACAACGCCUUCUGAAAUUGUUUUUCACGCUGCAACAAACGUGCAUAUUGACAGGUUACGUCUGCAUCAGAGAGGUUUAUUCAUAUCAUUUUGUAAUUCUUUUAUGAAAUUAAUCCAUAAUCCAUUAUUUUAUAAUUUACUGAAGACAAGCAAUUCAGGUAGAAAUGUUGGCAUUGAAUCAUUCAAACGUGAUCAGCGUGCAAGAAUAGUUCGUCUUCUACUCAAGCAACCUUUAAAACAUGGAUGGUAUGCACUGGAAAUGCAAUUCAUAACGAACAUUUGCAGUGAUAACGAUGGAGGAGUACAAUGCUAUCGCAGCAUAGAAAUUAUCGACUUAAAAGUGUUUCAGAGUGCUGAUCAAUUAUCAGUGAGCCAGCGUGCACCAAUUAUUAGUUUUACAACAAAAUUCGAACCAUCAUUAGCCAGAACUUUUUUACCAUGCUGGGAUGAACCAAACUGGAAGGCAACAUUCAAUAUCAGUAUAUUACAUUCAACUUCUAUCACAGUCUUAUCAAAUGAAGCACCAAUGCAAGUUCAGAAAAAGCAACGACGAUCCUUCGUACGAACUAAAUUUCAAGAAACUCCUCCAAUUUCAACCUUUUUGCUCGCAUUUACUUUUGGUCCUUACAGCAGUUUGGAACGAAAUACGGAACAUAAUGUUCCACUAAAAAUCUGGGCAUUUCCAGAAAAUCUUAUUCACGCGAGAUUUGCAGCAGACUUCUCUCCAUAUAUGUUUGAUCAACUUGCAAAAGAAUUUGUCAUUCCAUAUCCUCUUUCAAAAAUUGAUUUCGUGUCUGCUCCUUCUUUUCCAGUUGGUGGAAUGGAAAACUGGGGGUUAAUUGUAUUUCAGAAUGAAAUGUUUCUUUUAGAUUCAUUAUAUGAAAGUAGCUCAAAUAUGACAGUGGAUUUACUAGCUGAGCAGUAUGAUAUCAAAAAAAUCAUUACACAUGAACUUGCUCAUCAGUGGUUUGGAAAUUUGGUUACAAUAAAUGAUUGGUCAGAACUUUGGUUAAGCGAAGGCUUUGCAUCGUAUUAUGUAAAUGAUUUUUUGAAAAAGCAACAUCCAUUUUUGGCUACAAACGAAUAUUUUUUACAACUUUCACAUCUUUUAACAAAACAGACAUCAAACGAAAAAGUACCGUUAAUCAAACAUUUCAAAACGGAAGCAGAAGUGGAGAAUGCAUUUAAUCCAUAUCAUUUGUAUACAAAAGGAGCUGUUAUAGUGAAAAUGAUACACGAUUUAGUUGGUGAGAAUAACUUUCGAGAAGGUGUCAGAAGGUUUUUGAAAACAAAUGCUUACAAAAGCGUUGGACGAUCUGCAUUAUGGAGAGCAAUGCCAGCUUUCACAGAUCAUGGGUUAGAAAGCAUAAAGCUUGAAAAUGCUAUAGAAUCUUGGCUUCUGAAUAAUGGAAUGCCUGAGGUAAUCGUAAGUCGAAACUACAAGUUUGGCAGCACGCGUCUUAUUCAGCGACCAUCUGAUCAAAAUCGCUAUGUAAUUUAUUUACGUAAUACGAGGGUGAAAAAAGAAUGGAUAGAUAAGAUUUAUGCUAGUUCGCAAACAAUAGGUCGCAGAAUAAGUUUUGUAGAUCGUUCGAAAAAAGCACACGGUUUAAACUUAAAAAUAAAAUCACUCUCAGCUGGAAGUGAGAAAAAGAAUAAGCAAAUUGUUAUGAAGAAACUGCGCUUAGAACGCAAAUUAACUGUUGGUUUAUUUAUAUUUGUUGGUAGUCACCACUUUAUUGGAAGAAGAAUAAAAAGUCGCAGCCUUCAAGAAAGAAACGGAAAGGAGCGAAUAGGGCAGCACAAACAACUUUGGUCCAUACCAUUUACUUAUGAGUUAGGUUCACAGAAAAACCCAUUUGAAAUUUGGCUACAUAAUGAAACAAUCGUGUUUACGGAUGAAGAACAAGAAGGUUCAAGAGUAUUUUUAGCAAAUGUCAACUGGAAAUAUCCUUAUCGUGUCAAUUAUGAUAUUGAAAAUUGGAAAAUGCUAGCAGCAACGCUACAUGAAAAUCACUUGUCUAUACCAUUAUAUUCUCGCAUGCAGUUGAUUCUCGAUUCUGAGUUCUAUCUCAAACAAUCGGGAGUACCCGAAAUAUAUUUGUACAUUCUAAGUUAUCUUACCAAAGAAACUGAUAUAGGACUAUUGUUGUUUGGUUUGGAUGCAUUAUACCGCUUUUUCGAUAUGUUUCGUGGAAGUUCAAUUAGCAAUUUACUAUUGAUAUUUUUUAAGCGUGUGACUGAAUGGCUUGAUAAAGUAAUGGAUGAUACUAAAACAAAACCUGAAUUAGCUGCCUUAUGGUUGCUUGACGGUAAUCGGUUGAUUCAAUUUUACAAGCUUCGAUGCGCAGUGAAUUUAUCUACCUGUGACCUAAAGGAAAAGGUUUGCCUGCUUAAACAGUGGAGGAAAUUAGGUGGUUUAGCAGAUGGUGACCACUACUCACAAAUGACCGCAAUCUGUCAUCAUCUGUUCACAAGUGGUACGAGAGAAGAGUAUGAUUUGAUUGAAAACGGUUUGAAACAAUUUAGUGGAAAAUGGACAACAACACUACAGUUAGCAACUUGUGUACGAAAUGAGCAAAUACUUCAGAAAGCUGUUACUCAAAUUAUUGCAACACGAAAUGCUGCUGUAUAUACUGCAAUGUUGCAAAACGAAUUUACACUACUGUAUAAUGAGAAAUUUCGGGCGAUUUUCUGGAACAGAAUAGCUGAAAUGCCAUUAACAGAACGCAAAUUCCUGUUUGCUAUUGAAAACGAGCAAACAACACAAGUAGCUCACAUGUUAGUACAUUCAGUACGGUCAUCAAACGAACUCGAGUGGCUCAUAAAUACUGUUCCUGAUUGGGGGCAAUAUAUGAAACCACACAUCGAAUAUCUACGUCGCAAAUUUCAAUGGAUUAAUGAAGUUGCAACACCUAGAAUCCAACAUUUCUUAUUGAAAGUGGAAGUAAUAAUGUCUCUGUUAUUGCAAGAAACAACACUCCGUCAUCGACGUCCAACGGUACAAGAAAUUGUUCGAGAUCUUGAUGCUUUCAACAAAACUGUAGAUGAAGUCAAAGAAGAAAAACGAGCAUCUGGAGGAUUCCUUGCAAGCAUAUCAUUUCUCAUUAUCGGAGGAUUAGUAAUUAGCGAAGUUCGGAAUUUUCUUCACGGUGAAGAAAGACACGAUUAUAAAUUUUCCGUGGAUACGGCUUUCAACGAGCAUCCCGAGUUGGAAUUGGACAUGAUAGUUGCUACUCCAUGUACGAACCUCAUGUCACACUUUUCUGGUUCUGUUUCGUAUGGAUCCAAUUUCAUGAAUGAAUUUAAACGUGAUCCAACCCGUUUUGAGUUUACGGAAAAGGAAGCAGUAUACUGGAAUGAACUGAAAAAAGUGCAACGUCAUGCUAGACAAGGAGCUACUUUGUUCAAAAGUCUUGAUGAAAUGACUUUUAUCAGUGGCAGUGUGGAAGAAGGCCUGAAAACUGAAGCAGAAACAAAGCAACGUCAAGAAGCACAUGCAAUUCAGCUGGAUCGAAAAAAAAAUUUGGAUCGGUCUUCAGGUGGUGGGACACUGAUACUAAUUGGAAAUGGUUUCAAUGUAUUCCACGUCGUGGCAAGUAAUUCAGGAAAAGAUGAGGGAACUGCUUGCCGUAUUCAUGGUCGCGUUCGAGUUAACAAAGUAAAAGGAGAUAGUUUAGUUAUUACUACGGGUAAAGGCGUAGGUAUUGAUGGCAUUUUCGCUCACUUUGGUGGACUAGGUAAACGUAAUAUAUUAAAAAACCAGACAUUAAAUAUUUGCUUAUUUUUAGCAGGAAAUGUUUCGCACCGAAUUGAGCGUUUCAAUUUCGGUCCCAGAAUACAUGGCCUUGUUACUCCAUUGGCUGGAGUGGAACAAAUUUCUGAAACUGGUUUGGAUGAAUUUCACUAUUUUUUAAAAGUUGUGCCUACGAAAAUUUAUCACAGUGGUCUUUUUGGUGGUUUUACCCUUACUUAUCAAUAUUCCGUGACCUUUAUGAAAAAAACACCGAAACCAGGUAUUCAUGCGCAUACAGCUAUCAUCAUUUAUUAUGAAUUUGCAGCGACUGUAAUCCAAGUUAGACGUAUCCAGAGCUCAUUACUGCAAAUGCUAAUACGCAUUUGUUCUGCAAUUGGUGGAGUUUUUGCCACAAGUAUUUUGAUUAAUAGCAUAUGCAUGCAUCUGUCAUCUUUUUGGAUGGAUGCAUCAAAACCAGAAAGAAAGAAGCAAUUAAUAUACUCUCCACAACAACCCAAUGUUGUUAUCAAUACCUAA